UGCGGUUCGUUGCUAGUUGCAUUGUUUGCACAUCUUGCAGCCAACGCUAGUCGUUUUAUUGCUAGUUGCAUUCUAGUGUUUUUCUCACUUUGUAUUUCUUCCAGCCAACGUACUAUUUCAAAAUGCUAUUUACGUUGCUAGGAGUAAUUGCUUUAAUUCAAAGAGAGCGGAAAAAAGUCAACAACACCCACUCAGGUCAAGAAGAAAAUGCAGACCAGAGUGAUGUACCACCUCUGAGGAGUUGUGAUGAUGUCUCCCCUUUAGGUCGAGAAGUCGAUAAUACGGGUACAGUCUGUGCCACAUCCGACUCUGCUGUUGAAUUCUCUCCAGCUUCUUUCAGUGCCGCGUCCGGCUUUACUGAAGACGUCCCCCAAACCACAGUCUGUGCCGCGUCCGGCUGUACUGAAGACGUCCCCCAAACCACAGUCUGUGCCGCGUCUGGCUGUACUGAAGACGUCCCCCAAACCACAGUCUGUGCCGCGUCCGGCUGUACUGAAGACGUCCCCCAAACCACAGUCUGUGCCAUGUCCGGCUGUACUGAUGACGUCCCCCAAACUACAGUCUGUGCCGCGUCCAGCUGUACUGAUGACGUCCCCCAAACUACCGUCUGUGCCGCGUCCAGCUGUACUGAAGAGGUCCCCCAAACCACAGUCUGUGCCAUGUCCGGCUGUACUGAUGACGUCCCCAAACCACAGUCUGUGCAGCGUCUGGCUGUACUGAAGAGGUCCCCCAAACCACAGUCUGUGCCAUGUCCGGCUGUACUGAUGACGUCCCCCAAACUACCGUCUGUGCCAUGUCCGGCUGUACUGAAGAGGUCCCCCAAACCACAGUCUGUGCCGCGUCCGGCUGUACUGAUGACGUCCCCCAAACCACAGUCUGUGCCAUGUCCAGCUGUACUGAAGAGGUCCCCAAACCACAGUCUGUGCCGCGUCCAGCUGUACUGA